AUGUCAGCAAUGAUAAAGUACCUACACAAGCAAGCGACACUUGGAAAACGUAAACGAUACGUUCACUCGGAGGUAGACUCGAACCAGGGCAAGCAGCUUUUGAGCAACUUGGACGUUCAGUUUGAACUUGUGCACACAAUUCCACUUGCUACUGGACAGUGGUCUUCGAUUGAUCCUUACAAGUGGGAAGGAUUUAUCGCUACAAACGGCGAAGAGGUCGUGCUCAGUGAGGAGCAGCAGCGAAAACGAUGUCGCAAGUAUGUCGAGGACAACAUUGGCGCUAGAGUGGUUACCUGGUGUGAGAAUGCUGAUUGA